AUGAAUUAGAUUUAUUAUUUUAUCCAUUCAAUACAAUGCAUAAAUUUUAUAAAUUUUGAUAUCAAAACAUUAAUAUUGAUGAUAAAACAAUACGAUGUAUAAAUACUUCUUCAAAAUAAAUACUCUAAUUGCGAAUGUUAUUACUAUUCUAGGACUCUGAAUGAUUUUGUAAAUUCAGCCAGAACUCAAGAGGUGAUUGAGUUUUAUCAAACUUUAGCCUUUAAUGACAAUUAGGAAUUCUUAAGACGGUUCUAUAUUGCAAGUAUAAGCAUAAUUCAUUUUUUAGGUGAAUUGCAUGAUAAAAUUAGGCUUUUUACUGAGUACUAUAAAUAUCAUAAUGAGAUUCCAAGAUAUUUUAUGCAUAAAAUAAGCAGUAUUAUGAGCAAGUAUCUGAGGGUUAUACAUAAGUUAGUUACCAUGAUAAGAAAAGAAGAGUUGAAUAUAAUCGUAUAAAACGCAUAAUUGAAGAAGAAAAUCGAAGGAAUCCAAACAAACCCAAGAAAGCAAUUGUAGGGGAUCAAAAAGAAGAACUGUAACUUGUGUCUCCAAAACAUUAAGAAUAAGUCUAUAGUAAAGUACUGCAGGAUAUCAUUGAUAAUUCCACGACAAUUGAAGCAAUCAAUUAAAAAUUAGAUGCUAUUUAAAUCAAUGUAGGUGAAUUAAUUUUACAGCCUUCCAACAGGGAACAGGAAUAAUUACAGAACUUCAUUCACUAUUUAGCUGAAAAGUAGAAACCUAAAUUCUAAACGCACUAUUAAUUACAUUCACCCAAAACAUUCAAUAAAAUUACUUUUAAAGUGAGCCAGUAGACUAUCAAACAAAUGAUAUCUAGAACUUCAAAAAACCAAUAACAAUUUCAUCUAUCUCCGAAAACACUCAAAGAUGAAUAGUUAGUAUCUCCAAAUGGUCAAUCCACACACAGAUAAGUUAAAGAUCCUCUAUCUAAACUCUUGAGCCCUGUUCACGUUCAUACUAUGAAUUAUCCUCUUAUUCAUCAUACAGUGGAGCUUAAAUAAAAACCCACGUAUCUCAUUUUACCUAUUUAGUAUUUAAACUCAUCGAUCUUAAUAAGCCAGUGUUUCUCUUUCCAAACAAUUUAAAAUUGCUGAUAAUUAGCCUUAAACUAGAAGACUUCAUUAACAUACAAGAUCAGAAUUCAGAUUUUUUAAGAAAUGA